GAGGAUGGUGCCGAGCGGCCCCGGGCCCGCCGCGCGCUGCCAGGAGUGAGCCCAGCGCGUCCGCGGGCGUCCGCCGAGCAGCUGGCCCGACCGGGUCCGGGGCGCGCCGCUGCCCGCCGAGGCGGGGUGGAGCUGAUCAGAAUAAUGUUUAGCAUCAAUCCCCUGGAGAACCUGAAGGUAUACAUCAGCAGUCGGCCUCCCCUGGUGGUCUUCAUGAUCAGCGUGAGCGCCAUGGCCAUAGCUUUCCUGACCCUGGGCUAUUUCUUCAAAAUCAAGGAGAUUAAAUCACCAGAAAUGGCGGAGGAUUGGAAUACUUUUCUGCUACGGUUCAAUGAUUUGGACUUGUGUGUAUCAGAGAACGAAACGCUAAAGCAUCUCACAAACGACACCACAACUCCGGAAAGCACCAUGACCAGCGGGCAGGCCCGAGCUUCCACGCAGUCCCCCCAGGCCCUGGAGGACUCAGGCCCGGUGAACAUCUCAGUUGCAAUCACCCUCACCUUGGACCCACUAAAACCCUUCGGAGGGUAUUCCCGGAACGUCACCCAUCUGUACUCAACAAUCUUAGGGCAUCAGAUUGGACUUUCAGGUAUGUGGUAUCAGGCUUAUCCUGUUGAAGUUUUCAUUGCUAACUUCACAUCUUCUAUUGCUGUUAGUUUACAGAUGUUUUCAGUGGCUGUUAUGACUCAGGUCACUGAGCAUGUGUCUUUCCUCCUCCUCUUCCCCUACAGACAGCCACCGCACUGUGUACCCGACACGUACAGCAAUGCCACGCUCUGGUACAAGAUCUUCACAACUGCCAGAGAUGCCAACACAAAAUACGCUCAAGAUUACAAUCCUUUCUGGUGUUAUAAGGGGGCCAUUGGAAAAGUCUAUCAUGCUUUAAAUCCCAAGCUUACAGUGAUUGUUCCAGAUGAUGACCGUUCAUUAAUAAAUUUGCAUCUCAUGCACACCAGUUACUUCCUCUUUGUGAUGGUGAUUACGAUGUUUUGCUAUGCUGUUAUCAAGGGCAGACCUAGCAAAUUGCGUCAGAGCAAUCCUGAAUUUUGUCCUGAGAAGGUGGCUUUGGCUGAAGCCUAAUCCCACAGCUCCUGUUUUCUGAGAGAGACUGAGAGAACCAUAAUCCUUCCCUGCUGAACCCAGCCUGGGCCUGGACGCUCUGUGAAUACAUUAUCUUGCGAUGUUGGGUUAUUCCAGCCAAAGACAUUUCAAGUGCCUGUAACUGAUUUGUACAUAUUUAUAAAAAUCUAUUCAGAAAUUGGUCCAAUGAUGCACGUGCUUUGCACUGGGCGCAGCCAGAGCCCUUCAUCCCUGCCCUGGACUUGUGACCUGGUGAUUGUGUCCACGCAUCUCUAGAGAAGGAUUCCUGGGUCUAGCUGUGUGGCAGCUGGUCAUGACGUUUUCACCAAGGUCACAGGCGCGUUGUGUCGCUGGUGGGGUUGAAGUUUGGUUUGGUUCGGUUCUUGUUUCAGCCGGAUAUGUAGAGAACGUUUGAAACAGUCUGCACCUUUGAUAUGAUACUGCAUUUCCAAAGCCACCAAUCCAUUUUGUGGAUUUUAUGUGUCUGUGGCUUAAUAAUCAUAGUAACAACAAUAAUAUCUUUUUCUCCAUUUUGCUUGCAAGGAAACAUACCUGUUUUUGUUUUUGUUUUUUUCAAAUUAAAAAUAAAAUAGUCACAUUUUAAUAUCACGCUAGUUAGGACAGACUUGUGCUUUUAUCCUGAGUAGAAAGUUAAAUAUUUAAGUCACCUACAUGGCAAAGAUCUAAGAUUCAUUUUCCACAAGGAUGACAAGGAACCUGGUCUUGUUGGAUUUGGCACAGAAGGUUCUACUGUCUUUUCAUCCACUCUUGCCCCUUCCUUCUGUUACCAGAGUUAAUGCAGCCUCUUCACUCACAAGGGCUUCAAAAUGUAAGUGGCUUUCGAGUUAGAGUGACCAUUCACUGUUCUGCUUUCUGCAAUGCAGGUGACAGUAUGGAAAGAAAGAAUGAUGAUUUGGUCUAAUAGUAAAGGGUUUCUUUUUUUCUUUUUCUUUUUUUUUUUAAAGAGUGGGUGGAUUUCCUCCUUUUUGUUUUGCUUUUAUUUUUAUGCAACUAACAUCUUAAGAAGGAAAGCAGCUAAUAGAUUAGUAACAUGAAAACGAUGCCUAUGAAAUUUGAAGGAAUGUAGUUCUGAUUUGCCAUUUAUCAGAGAAGACCAAAAGCAUUUUUCUUAUAAAUUUUUUUCUUGUUUUUGUUUUGUUUUGUUUUUUGAGACUGGGUCUUGCUCUGUCUGCCGGGCUGGGGUGCAGUGGUGCAGUCACAGCUCACUGCAGCCUUCAACUCCAGGGCUCAAGCCGUCCUCCCACUUUAGCCUCCUGAAUAGCUGGGACUACAGGUGUGUGCCAUCAUGCCUGGCUAAUAUUUAAAUUUUUUGUAGAGACAGGGUCUCACUGUUGCCCAGGCUCACCUGGAACUUCUGGCUUCAAAUGGUCCUCUCACCUCGACCUCCCAAAAUCCUGGGAUUCCAGGCAUCAGCCACUGAGCUCAGCCCUCUUAAAUCAUUUUGCUUCAUUGUCUAGUUCCUCUUGUCUCUUUUUCCUUCUAAAUCCUUAUUCAUUUAAGCAGAAUGUGCAUUAUCUUUUCCAGUCCUUUCUUAUUAGUUGUAUUCUUACUGUUUUUCUUAUUAACUUUUUGCCUUAAUAGCUCAUUGUCAUUAAUGACUUCUUUGUUCUCCCAGGCAGUGUUAGAACAGAAGGGCAAUUAAAACCUUGGACAUGACCAUCAGUACUUGCUUUCCUUAACUGUAGGCUUGUAGUCUGUUCUAAAUCAGGAUUAGUUCCUGCAGUCUGAAAUACAUUGGCCUAGAACCUUUCAUCCCAGGCAUUUUUGAAUGGAAAACAGUUGCGGGCUUUUAUUGAAGAUUGUUAAUCACUGUAGUAACUUGAUAUGUUAGUAUUCCUUUUUUUCCUUUUAGGAUUUUUCAAGCACAGUAAUUGUACUGUCUAUCCAGUUUCUUUGUAUGAUACAAGUUGCUUACACGAUGCAUGGCUAGCUUGUUAAUUUAGUUUUCUCCUUAGAGACUUUGAGACCCUUAGGAGACAAGAUUAAGAAAGAGCCACGUGGCUUGGCUCUAGAAACGGCAUUAUCAUUAGGACUGUCAGAUCCUAGAUUAAGCUGCUGCUGAAUUAGUAAAAUCCCAGUGAAGCAGAGUUACAGGGAUAGAUUUAUAGCUGGCAGAGCAGUAACAAAGGAGACAGUGAAAAAGCCAAUUUCACUGGUUCGCUCAAUCCAGCUUGUUGCUAAUGUUAAUUACCCUUGUUUUAAUGACAGGGAGUGGCUGGAAUCUGUAGCCAGGGGAGGAGCGACGCUGUUAAGUGUGAGGAAAGGAAGUGCCAAAAAUGCCUGGACAGAUGGCUUAUCCCAAGGCCAGGACACACACUUUAAAAUCCAACAUUCACCUCAGCAAGUGCUUCUCAAAGAUCUUACAGAAACGCAGAGUCAAUCAGGUUUGUAAAGGAAGGCUGUGGGGAGAGAAGAGGCCUGGGGGCCUGGGUGAAGAGGCCUAGGACCUGAAGAGACUCCCACCGAGUCUCAGGAAGCUCAGGGGACCUGUCACCAUCUGGGCACUUCCCAGGCUCAGCACUCAGCCGGAGUUUGCUGGUGGACCUCAGGAUUCCAAGGGUGCGACAGAUGGGGUGCGCUUGCCUGCCGUUCAGGGCAGCCUCGUGCAGGAGCAGCGGCUCACCCUCAGGCAUCUCGGAUUGGAGGGCCAGCAAAAGGUCAGCAACUUACUCCUAAAAUGAUUGUUUCAGAUCAUAUUGAUCUCUUUCCUUUUUCCUUUUGUCCUUUCACUGUAUGACUUGAAUCAGUUUUGAUUCUCUUUGUAAGUGUUUCUUGUUGUCGGGCACCUGCCACGUCUAUUGCGUUUUCCUCGGCAGCGUGUAGGGCUUCAGCUUCCUGGGUUUUCACCCUCCUGCAGGCACUGUGGGGUCCUGAGGGCCAGCGGGUCCAUUUCACCUCUUGCUGCAUGAUGGUCAGUAGCUGAUCUGUUAGGCAUUCGCUUCCAGGUUAAGUUUCCGUGUUUGAAGUAUGUGCAUAUGUGCUUUACAGAAUAAAAACAUCUGAAUUUA